CGAGAUCACAUAAAUUUAAAAAUGCUUAGAAGCGCAAUCACAAGGAGUCAGCUAAGCAGAGUAGCAAAAAGCUCUCAUAGAUCCCUCUCUAGUUCUGCCUUUAGAAAUGCAGAGACAGCCCCAAUGAUCAAACUCACCGUAGACGGUAAAGAAGUCGAAGUUCCACAGGGUACUGCCCUCAUUCAAGCUUGUGAACUCGCUGGCGCCACUAUUCCACGUUUCUGCUACCACGACCGCCUUGCAAUUGCUGGAAACUGCAGAAUGUGUCUCGUUGAAGUUGAACGUGCUCCAAAGCCAGUAGCAAGUUGCGCUAUGCCAGCUAUGCCAGGCUCUAACGUAUUCACCAACUCUGAGCGUACAAACAAGGCUAGAGAAGGUGUCAUGGAAUUCCUUUUAGCUAACCACCCACUCGAUUGUCCAAUUUGUGACCAAGGUGGUGAAUGUGAUUUACAAGAUCAAUCGAUGCGUUACGGUUCAGACCGUUCCAGAUUUUUUGAAGUUACAGGAAAGCGUGCAGUAGAAAACAAGGAUUUCGGUCCACUUGUUAAGACCUCCAUGAACCGCUGCAUUCAAUGUACAAGAUGUGUUAGAUUCGCCAACGAAGUUGCUGGUGUUGAGGAAUUAGGUACAACAGGACGUGGAAAUGACUUAGAAAUCGGUACAUACGUACAAAAGACCCUCGACAGUGAACUGUCAGGUAACAUUGUCGAUUUAUGUCCAGUUGGUGCACUCACUUCAAAGCCAUACGCUUUCACCGCCAGACCAUGGGAAUUGAAGACUACUGAGACUGUAGAUGCUUUAGACGCAGUCGGUUCUAACAUCAGAGUCGACUCAAGAGGACACGAAGUUAUGCGUGUACAACCACGUGUCAACGACGAUGUCAACGAGGAGUGGAUCAGUGACAGAACCCGUUACGCAUGCGACGGUUUGAAGUACCAAAGAUUAACAAACCCACUCAUUAGAGUCGGUGAUAGAUUCCAAGCUGCUUCAUGGCCGGAUGCCUUAGCUACCGUUGCCGACAGUCUUAAGAAGUCUGGUGCAAAGGGUGACGAGAUCCAAGCUAUUGCUGGUUCACUCGCUGACACUGAAUCACUCGUCGCUUUGAAGGAUCUUCUUAACAAGUUAGGCUCAGAAAACACCGCUCUCGAAACCAAGAGAGGUAACGCACCACCAGUUCACGGUGUUGACCACCGUUCAAACUACCUCUUCAACGUCACUAUUCCAGGUUCAGAAGAUGCAGAUGCAGUUCUCUUCAUUGGUACUAACCCACGUCACGAAGCUGCCGUCAUUAACUCACGUUUCCGUAAAUCAUACUUGCACAAUGGCACUGACUUUGGUGUCAUUGGUGAUAAAUUUGACGCCAUCUACGACUACGAACAUAUCGGUGUUGACGCAAAGACCGUUGGCGACUUCCUUUCUGGUGGUGUCAAGUCACCAUUCGCUGAGAAGUUCAAGAACGCAAAGAAACCAUUGAUCGUCGUUGGUUCAGCCGUCGCUGAACACCAAGAUGCUGAAUCUGUCUACGCUGCUAUUGCCAAGCACGUUGAAACCAACAAGGAAAGAUUCUUGACUGAGGAAUGGAACGGUUUCUCUACUUUGCAAAGAGCUGCUUCACGUACCGCUGCUUAUGACGUUGGUUUCGUUCCAUCACAUCAAGCACAAUCAACAAAAGCCAAGUUUAUCUACUUGCUCAAUGCAGAUGACUUUGACCCAGAUGUAAUCCCACGUGAUGCUUUCGUCGUCUACCAAGGACACCAUGGUGAUGUUGGUGCACAAUACGCUGAUGUCGUCUUACCAGGUGUUGCAUACACUGAAAAGGGCACAACCUGGAUCAACACUGAAGGUAGAGCACAAUUGGGUAGAGCAGCUAUCUCAGCACCAGGUGCAUCGAGAGAAGACUGGAAGGUCAUUAAGGCAUUGUCAGAACUCAUCGGCAAGCCACUUCCAUAUGAGGAUAUUGUCGCUAUUAGAGACAGACUCUGGGAAAUUUCACCUGCAUUAACAAGAUAUGAUGAGUUGGAAGCACCAUCAAGUGUAUCAGUAGGAUUAGGAUUGGCGGAGUUGGUCAAGAACGGUCAAGCUACCACUUCAACUACACCAUUCCAAAAGCCAUUUGAGAACUUCUACCAAACUGAUCCAGUUUCAAGGGCGUCUGUCACCAUGGCAAACUGUGUUAAGUCAUUUGUUAAAGGCCAAAAUAGCGAGGAGACAUCAAUCCCAGUUGGCAAGGAUGAACAACAAAAGCAAUCAAAACAUGCUUAAAUUCUAGAAGAAAAAAAAUAAAACAAGAUGGCAUUCAAGAGACACAACUAAUCCACUCACACUUUCUCUUUACUUUUUAUUAGAUGAAUUUGACUUGGAUAAAUUCCUAUAUCCUAAUUGUAAAUUUAACGCAAUCUCAUUACUAUUUAAAA